AUGGCAACCUCACCCUCGCCAGGACCGAGAGCGACUCCGUAUCUCAUCUUCCUCAUUCUAAUCACGACAUUGGGGCCUCUCCAGUUUGGAUACCACCUGGCGGAGUUAAAUGCUCCUCAGGCGGUUAUUACAUGCGAGAAGAAGGAUAUCAAGUUGUUGAGGAAUCUGUAUUCCUCGUCCGCCUCUUCCGGAUUGCCACAGUGCAUCCCCAUGAACCCAUCCCAAUUCGGCCUCGUCUCGUCGAGCUAUUCGCUGGGUGGUCUCCUCGGAGCUCUGCUUGCAGGUCCGUUUUCGACAAAGUACGGCCGUCUGCUCGCCCUGCGAGGGACAACAAUCUUCCUCAUGUUGGGUCCGGUUGCUGAAGCCCUUUCUGUCAGCAUUCCGGUCUUUGUUCUCGGAAGACUACUAUCCGGAAUCGGAGCUGGAGCCGCCAUCGUCGUCGGGCCGAUAUACAUCGCUGAAAUCUCCCCACCUAAGGAUAAGGGGUUCUAUGGGGCUUUUACACAGGUAAUGACCAACGUGGGUAUCCUGGGAACUCAGUCUUUAGGCUACUUCCUGAGUAAAGGCAAUCUUUGGCGUAUAAUUCUUGCCACUGCUGGCUUCAUCGGACUGGCAGAGCUCCUGGGCCUUCUGUUUGUUCCCGAAAGUCCAGUCUGGCUUGCAGAACAUCAAAGGUUGGCCCAUGCCAAACGCAUCCUCCAGCGAAUUCGCGGCCAGAAUGCAGACAUUCAUGAUGAGGUCAAAAGCUGGCAGAUCGGCGGAUCAACCGCCAGCCGAACCGACCCGCUGGAGGAAGAAUCACUCCUAACUCCUCCACCAGGGAACCUGCCUCCCAGGAAGCCUCCUGUCUCUAUCCUUGGCGUGGCCCGCGACCCUCUCUAUCGUCGAGCUAUAAUUGCUGUCGUUGCCGUAAUGAUAACCCAGCAAUUUACCGGCAUCAAUAGCAUAAUAAUGUACAGCGUAUCUCUUCUCUCGACCAUUCUCCCCACCACUGCUGCCCUUCUUACCGUUAUUGUUUCCUCUAUCAAUCUCUUCACGACCCUUCUUUGCUCACCCUUGGCCGACAAACUUGGGCGCAAAAGAUGCCUCCUCCUCAGCAUAACGGGAAUGGGCCUUUCUUCAGCCCUCCUAGCAAUUAGCAUUGCUUCAAACCUCAAAAUCCUGUCUGCUAUAGCUACCCUGCUCUUUGUAGCAAGUUUUGCUGUUGGCCUAGGCCCAGUCCCCUUUAUUCUCGCAUCCGAGCUUGUCGGCCCUGAAGCAGUUGGCGCAACCCAGAGUUGGGGCUUGGCAACUAAUUGGACAGCAACUUUUGUCGUUGCCCAGUUCUUCCCGGCAUUGAAUGUUGCGCUGGGCGGUAAGGGUAGGGUGUAUUGGAUCUUCGCCGCCAUAGCGCUUGUUUUGGGUGGGUUUAUUGCGUGGUGGGUGCCGGAAACUAAGGGAAAGGGAAGCAUGGAGGAGGUUUGGGGUAAGAGAGCAGAAAGAAGGGUUGAUUGA